AUGCUCUGGUUUAGAGAGCAGCGGGCCUUCGCAGUUGAGAGCUUCUUUUCUAACGGUCGCUCACUUGUUACUACGCAACGUGCCUUCCGCGCUCGCUUUGAAAUUCCUCCUCACAGACUCGUUCCUGGCCGUAAUUCGAUUCUGUCGUGGUUUAACCUUUUCGUAAGCGCUCCAAAAUAUGGUAAUGGUAGACUCUUUGAUUAUGACCUUUUAAAUGGUAAAAAUGUGAAAGAAAUCGCUCUUCCUAAUGGAGAUGAUUCCGGCCUUGACACAGCAGGCUGGAGUAUAGAAGUUGACGCUGAAGAUUUUAUACUAAUUGGAAGUCCUGCAGUGAGCUUAAGAGGUUACGCUAUCGCAAGCGGAAACUUUUUAUCAGAAAACGAAAUAUGCUAUGCAAUUAGUACCACUUUUGGUGAUUUUGGAGAAGGAAUGGUCUUUAUCGUAAAUAAGGACAACAAAGAAUUGCUCAGGCUAUCUGGUACUGAAGUGGGAGGCUUGUAUGGAGCUGCUUUGUGUAAAGUUAACUUGUAUGGAACAAGAUCCAGUCUUCUUGUUGGAUCUCCUGCAUUUUCAGAGAAAUCUGACCAUUAUGACAAUGGCGCUGUGUAUUUAUAUGUGAAUGAAGGGUCUAAGGAUUUGACAUUAAAAAGAAUUAUAAAAGGAAACAAAAACGGUGGAUACUUCGGUUUUGCUAUCUCAAGUUUAGGAGAUUUGGAUGGCGACGAACGAGAGGAGGUUGCGAUAGGAGCACCAUACGAAGACGAUUUGAAAGGUGCUGUGUACAUAUAUACUGGAGCUAGUCUUUUGUCUGGGAAUACUUGGUUACAGAAGAUUCAACCUGAGGAAUUUCAAACCAUUGGACAUAGUCUGGUUCCUUUAUAUAAUUGUUUUAACAGCGGAUGUAACGGUAUCUCCAUUAAAGUGGACAUAAAUCAUCCGGAUGCAUCAUUGGAAAAUAAAAAUGGUACGUUUGCGUUUCCAAUUGGUUCUGAAAUAUUAUAUUGCAAGAAUGUCACCGUCUUAACGCCAAUCGAAGGUAAUUAUGAUGAACUGAUAGCGUACAAAAUAACAGCCUCUUUAAUGAAUAUAACGAACAAUGAAUACUCAAGCUCGCGGGCUAUUCUCAGUGAAAGGAGCAAAAUUGAAAUACAGGGACAAGUGUCUGCUGCUGACUGUGCGGGUCGAGAAAGAUGUGUUCCUAUAUUAACAGCUACAUUACAAUCAAAUAUCACUGAACCAUUUGUCGUUGGUUCAGACAACGUUAGUUUUUCGUUGUCCUUACUCAACUCGGGCGAGACCGCUUACUCCGCGUGCGCCCACGUGCUCGUGUCCGGCGCCCACAUGUUCCGACAUCCGAGUACUUGCACACGCCUUGACCAGACAGAACAAGUUACAUGUAAGCCGGCGAGACCUAUAGUUGCUGAUGACGUUUGGAUCGUUGAUAAGACAACGGAGUCUUGUGUUUUAAACGAAGACGAAACAAAUCUGACUGCUAUAUGUGAUAUUGGUGACUUGAAACAUAACGUUGUGAAAAAUAUUAUUGUAACUAUAGAACUACAUCCAAAUACUAUAGGUGACAUCAUACGUAAUGAAAAUGCUGACAUCGAGACCAACCUUGUCGUUUUACUGAAAGAAGAACGAUUAGUCCAGAGUUUAACAACAAAAUUAGCUUUAGUGUCCACGUCUGCUCCUGCCUGGAUAAUUAUCUUGGCUCUUCUUUUGGGACUGCUCAUUAUAUGUGUCAUAAUAUAUGUUUUAUAUAAGGAUAGGGGAAAUAAAGACGAUUGCGACUCAGAUUCAAGUGAAUCCGAAGCAAAAUAG